AUGAUGGUGUUCCGUUCUGUGUUGCAUUUACUGGCGUUGUUGCUUUGCGUUGCCUGUGUGCGUGUGACGGCUGCGGGUCCUGAUGGUGCUGUGGCGUGCGGUUCCCCUGGUAGUAAUUGUCUUCCCCCUGCUCCUGGUACUAAGCCUUCGGGUUCUGCUAGUGGUGAUCGUCCAAACGAGGAUCCUCGUCUUCUUCGCCCUGGUGAAAAACCGGGGGAAAUACCCAAUUUAGAAUCAGGACAAACUUCUGAUCAACAGCCACAAACGGAUCAAGGUUCUUCUGGUGCUUCUUCUAAUACAGUUCCUGAUGGGAGUGGUGGAGUUCCCUCUCCAGCUGAUCCACAAAAUGAAGGCAGUGUAUCAAGUGGAAGUGGAGCAACACAAUCAUCUACUUCCAGCGGUUCAGAGAAAGAGGGUGGCAGUAAAGAUGACAGUGCAACGACUGGGAAUGGAAGUACAUCUGCAGAAGGUGGGUCACCAAGUAACCAAGAAGGUGUGCCAGGAAAUACCGACAGCAGCAGCAGUAUCAGCAGUUCUGUGUGGGUGCGUGUACCACUACUGAUUGUGGUUACACUGGCCUGUAUUCUUGUGUGCUGA